UAUGUAGCUGGGUAGCCUUGCUGGAAACUACAUUAUUUCCACCCUCUGAGCAGUCAGACAGAACAUGUGCAUUCCCCUAGUCUCUUGAAAUCUUCGUUGUCGUACGUCGUAUGUGAUUCCCAAUUGUGCUCAUGAGCCUGCUAGGUGGCUACAAGAAAAAAAGCAGUUAUGAUGGCUACGAAUCUUUGCAGUUGGUCGAUAGCAGCGGAGACUUCUGCAGCGGGGGAAGAAGUGGCGGCGGCGGAUUGACGGCAGUAACCCUCGGCAGCGCUAAGACAGGCCCGGCGCGACAGGACGACUACAGUACCAUGGACAGCUCAGAUAUGGAUGGGAACUAUGGAGGGGGACUUCUAGAUAUGGUCAAAGGAGGUGCAGGAAAGUUCUUCAGCAACAUCAAGGACAAUCUGAAAGACACUAUCAAAGACACCUCGACCAAGGUUAUGAAUCAAGUGGCUACGUAUACAAAAGGAGAAUUGGACAUUGCCUACAUCACCUCACGAAUUAUCGUGAUGUCCUAUCCUGCUGAGGUAGUGGAGAUGGGCUACAGGAACCACACCGAGGAUAUCCGCUCCUUUCUGGAUUCAAGUCAUGCUGACCACUACACUGUUUUCAACCUGUCACAGAAGAACUAUCGGGGGGCAAAGUUUGCCAACAGAGUUUCUGAAUGCAAUUGGCCAUCCAGACAGGCCCCGAGUCUACACAACCUGUUUGCCGUGUGUAAAAACAUGUACAACUGGCUCAAGCAAAACCCCAAGAAUGUGUGUGUGAUCACAUGCUCGGAUGGUAGAGCUCCAUCAGGCGUGCUGGUCUGUGCCAUGUUCUGUUUCUGCCACCUCUUUGCCAACCCGGUGCAAGCCAUGCAACUUCUCGGUGCCAAGAGGCCUGGUUCUGGCCUGUGGCCCUCACACAGGAGGUACAUAGGUUAUGUGUGCAGUAUGGUCUCAGAGAAGCCUACGGUACCACACUCCAAACCGCUAGUCAUUAAAGCUGUCACAAUGAGUCCUGUUCCUUGCUUCAACAAACAGCGCAGUGGCUGUCGGCCUUUUUGUGACGUACUUAUUGGCGAGACCAAGAUUUUUUCUACAGCUCAGGAUUACGAAAGAAUGAGGGAACACAGGAUUCAGGAGGGUAAAGUGGUUUUUCCUGUGGGAGUAAGUGUCCAAGGAGACGUUGUGAUUUCUGUCUAUCAUAUGCGCUCACAUGCACUACAAGCUAAGGUAACAAACACCCAGAUAUUUCAGAUUCAGUUCCAUACCGGAUUCAUUGUCCCUGGCACCACAGUCUUAAAGUUUCUGAAGACAGAGCUGGAUGCAUGUGAUUCUCCAGAGAAAUACCCCCAGCUGUUUCAAGUGCUGUUAGACAUUGAGGUGGAAAGCACAGAGAAACAGAAAGAUCUCACCCCACCGUGGGAGCAGUUCCCCACCAAAGACCUGAGCCCCAAUGUGCUUUUCUCCUGCCAUCAAGAACACCAGGAUGCACUUGCUGUUGCAGAUGAAAUGGAGGGCUUGGACUUGGAAGAUCCAGCCCAGGGCCAUGGGGGUUGUGGAGGCAGAGUGGGUCCGAAUGAAGAGAGUGAACCCUCGGACGAUGAUAUGCUCUCCCUGUCUAGCCAGCAGAGCAACACAAGCAAUGAGAAAUCAAAAGCAGCUAAGAAGCUGGAACUCCAAUCUUCAGUGGCCCUUCCUCCUCCAGCAGCAGAAGAAGUGGAUCUGCUGGGACUGGACAGGGAUCCAGCUCAGCCUCCUUCAUCCUCCCCACACCCUCCCUCCACCAGCACAACCACAGACCUGUUGGGGGAUCUGUUCGGAGCUCCGCCCACACAACAGCCGGCCAGCGGCUCCUCCUCUGCUCAGUCAACCCCGCGGAGAUCUGCACCCUCUUCAUCACCCUGUCCAUCACCUCGAACUGGAGGCACUUUUGACCCGUUUGGGUCUGGGCCCGCUCCUUCCCCAAAGCCGCAGGACUUCAUGGGGGCUUUCCUGGGUCCAGGUAAUGGGCAGCCAGACCCCUUCCUGCAUGCUGCACGAUCUCCAUCUCCUACAAUGCAGACCAUGGGCAUGGGCCGCAGUUCACCCGUGCCACCUACUACACCCACUGUCAACAUCCAACAGCAGAACUCUAUAGGAGCUUGGGAAUGGAACAAACCAGCACCUGCAGUUGGAGGUUUGGGGAUGGGAAGUAAAUCCACCAGCACCAGUCCAACCAGCUCAGUUCAUAGCACUCCCACCCACCAGCUGAAACCCAACACCCUUGACCCCUUCGCUGAUCUAGCCAACCUAGGAGGCAGUCUGGGAGGUUCAGGAUUCUCCAGCAAGCCCACCACACCUACUGGUACAGGAGGAGCUUUACCGCCCAUGGGCUCCCCCCAGCGUCCGGCUCCCUCCCCCCAGCACACUACCUCUGCAGGGUGGCACCCCAGCACUGGCUUCCCCUCAUGGCAGGCUGGAGGUGGGGGUCCAUGGCAGCCUCAGGCCCAGGGUGCACACCACCAGACUCCACCCAAAGCACCAGGACCAUCUAUGCCCCACACCUCACCACAGAACAGACCCAACUACAAUGUCAGCUUCUCCACCAUGGGCGGGUCAUCGCUGGGGAGCACUGGGGCAAAAGCACAGCCUAACUUGGGAACCAGGCCAAAAGUUUCCAAUGCUAACUUUGAUGACCUACUCUCCGGCCAGGGCUUUGCUGGCACUAAAGAGAAGAAAGGGCCAAAAACCAUAGCAGAAAUGAGAAAAGAGGAGAUGGCGAAAGAGAUGGACCCAGAAAAACUCAAGAUCCUGGAUUGGAUUGAAGGGAAGGAGAGGAACAUCAGAGCAUUGCUUUCCACCAUGCACACAGUCCUGUGGGAAGGGGAGACGCGCUGGAAACCUGUAGGCAUGGCUGACCUUGUCACACCAGAGCAGGUGAAGAAGGUCUACCGCAAAGCUGCACUGGUAGUACACCCUGACAAGGCUACUGGACAGCCCUACGAACAAUAUGCCAAGAUGAUUUUUAUGGAACUAAAUGAUGCCUGGUCAGAAUUUGAAAGCCAAGGACAGAAAGCGCUAUACUAAGACUUAAAACCCAGAAACUGUUCUAAAGAGGCCCUGAUUUUCAGUAUAUGAUCACAACCAGUCAGAGAUUCUUGCCCAGAUCAUCCUGCAACCCAGCAUAGUCCUUGCACCCUUGUCAUCACUCCCACCUCUGCUUCACAGAGACUUCAGAGCCUACAUCUACAAUAUAGUUGUGUGUCUCUUUUUUGAUUCAUGUAUCAGAACCGAUCAUUCUCUAGGCCAACAUAACUACUGUUUUGAGAAGACUGCUAUAGGAAAAAGUAACAUUCAGGAUUGUUUUAGAGCUCUUUACAACCUUUACUCUUUGUGUCCUAGGACUUUAACACCAACAUAAAGUCAAGACCCUGUCUUUAAACAGCUGUGAAAUACACUACAAGGACAAAUGUAUGUGGAUCCCCAAACACCACACCCAUUUAUGCUUAUUGAACAAUUACUGUAAUUUCAAAACCAUUGGUUUGAGUUGGUCAAAACUAACAGCUUCCACUCUUUUGGAAAGGCUUUCCACUAGGUUGGAACAUGGCUGAGGGAAUGUGCUCUUAUUCAGACACAAGAGCAUCCGUGAGGUCAAGCACUGAUGUUGGGCGAUGGGGCCUGGCUCGCAGUUGCUGUUCCAAUUCAUCCCAAGGGUGUUCAGUGGGUUUCAGGUUUGGGCUUUUGUGCAGGCCAGUCAUGUUCUUCCACACCAGACUCAGUAAACCACUUCUCUAUGCUGGAAGCACACAGUUCUCUAAAAUGUCACUGUAUGCCUAAGCUAUAAGAUGCAUCUUUACUGGAAUUAAGAGGCCUAGCUAAACCCGUUAUUUGAAAGGGGGUGUUCACUUUCCACAUACUUUUGGCCAUGAAGUGCAUAUCUACGAAGAUUCUCAGUCAUCCAGGUCUUGUAGAAAUUAUUCUGCAGCAUCUAAAUGAGUUUUCCAUUCAUCUAAAUGCUGGGAAAUCUACAGUGUUAGAGCUACUUGGAUGAGAGGUAUACUGUCUUUAACAAAUGGAAAAAUAUGUCCAGAUACUCCAGAAUAAUUUCUCCAAGACAGCUGAGAAAUAUUAGAAAAUGCAAGUAGGAAUCAGAGAGCUAAGGCUCUGUGGUUUCCCAGUCAGUCAGGGGCCAGAGGUUUAGGCCAAUAUGAACAAAUAAAAGAACACUCCAACAAAAACCUGCAACAACUGAAAGAAAAGUUGUAUCAUGUCACAUAACUUCUUUCAGAAGCUAAGCAUUCACCGGCAACUGUGGUGAGCUUUAAAUUACAUUUGUUGCUGGGGGGCAAAAGCACAAUAAGUGUGAGAGAUUUGUAUCGGAAAUUGGAAGUUUUCUCAUGCAGCUACUUCUAUCACCUUACUGUGUAAACUGUGUUUUUGGGGAUUAUCAGACUGCAUUUGGUGAAACAUUGAACUUGACCUGUAAAAAUUUAGUAGAUAGACAAUAAUUUUAUUCUUUUGUUUUUUACGGAUCUGUCUGUAUAUGUUGCACUAUAGCAUACUGUUUACAAUCAUAAAGACUUAAAAAUAUUGUUUAUUCAUGACACUAUUCCAUUAAAAAAAGAUAUAAAAAUAAAUAGUAUAUGUACCUCAAAGUAAAUAUGACAAGGUUCUGAUUUAAGCUAUACAUUGAGAUCUUAACCUGAUGUUGUACAUUGCUUAACUGGUUUACAGUGCCCUGAUGAACUUAUCACAGUUGUAAGGCAUAUUAAGUUAGUUUUGAUUACAGAAAAUAUAUUUUUGUGCAAGUGCUUAGCAGUUAUUAUGAUUCCAAAACAGACUAUGUUUACUUUAAGUUGUUUUUCAAAUGGAAGGAUUGUGUUUAUGAAGGGUGAAUACAGGUAAAGUUGGACCCUAACACAAAACUAUUUUAUCUAGCUAAAGGUCAGCAUGAAACUAUACUGAGGAAAAGGGAAGAAUUAUUAAAUACAAAAACUUGAACAUCCCACUUUACCUGUAUUCACUAUAUCUCUGAUUAUGUGUGUUAAUAAGACUGUUCUUCUGAUAAGGAAUGUGAUUGUAUGGAAAAUUGGAAUCCGGUAUCGGAAAGUAUGUUCAAUUCCCAUUGUUUCAUUUCUAUUGGUGUCCUUUAAACAAACAUAUCAUCAAAGUGGACCAUAACAUGAAUAUUUUCAUAAACUGAUUUUACAGUUCCAAUUCUAGCAUGAGUACUGCAUGUUGACUGUAAGUGGUACAAAGCCAGACGAGGUUUCAAGAAUGCGUUCCAUUUCAAAUUUGUAUCCCCUUCUCUCGCAUACUUCACUCCAUCUCGUCACUGCUUACAUUGCGCGAGUGUCCACUACUGGAGGAAGACGUGCAAUGGGUUUAACUGGAACACCCUUAACCCUUGAUCUCUUGGAGCAUGUUGAAGGCUAUGUCAAUUUGUGGAAUUAUUUUGUGAUUUUUGCACCUGAGAAAACAAUGUUUUUAGAGCUUGAUUUCAGUGGCUUGUGUAUAAAUGUUUAAUUUUUUUUUAUUUGAAUGAAUUGUUAGAAAGGAUUAAUCACGAUUUACACAAACAAAAAUGUGAACAUAACAAUGAACACAUAAGCUUUAACAGUGUGAUAAACAGUUUAAGGUAGCUACAAGUAUUAUGCUGUUAAAUCUCAAUAUAACUUUUCUAAACUGAUUAAUUGACCUAACUUCACUUCCAUCAUACAUUAGAGUCAUGUGAGGAUGGGGUUUAUGAAGUGCAAUCUGCUGUCACAUCACAAUUGAGUUGCAUUGUAGGAUAUGGAGCUGCCUGAAGCAUACAUCAGAGUAGACUCGCUCCCUCAGUCAAAAUCGAGGGGUUGAGGGUCUGUCAACAGAAACUACCCUUGCUCACUUAACAAAGUGGAACGGACUUCCAAAAUGGCAGCAGAGAUUCCCCCGAGGGGAAGUGCUUAGGGGAGUUAGCGAGUGGAUGUUAAAAGUGAAGUGGAACACAGCCCUAGAAUGCACAGCCACUAAUCUGCCCUUUUUCUUCACAAUAUAUUUGCACUUGAAUGGCAUUAGAGAAAUACAGCAUACUCGUGCUGUAACUUGCAGUACUUGUCGUUCAUUUCAUCCAUGAUUCGCCUUCCUCUUUUAGCACUUUUGAUCAUGCAGUUUAGAACAGUCUUCUCUGUCUUACAUUUUACCAUCAAUUACCUUUCCCUUUCAUACAAUCCAGUUAUAAGGACUUGAAUGCACACAAUGGAUAAACAUUGUUUUGAUUAUCUCAGAUUAGCAAAAAACUGGUGCCCUAUCAAUGGAACUUUUCCACCCCCUCUUGUGGACUGAGCUGUUUAUCUUUAAUCUAAGGAUAUCAUAAAGCUAACCACUACAUACAGUAAUGAAAGUGUGGUGUUCUUAAUAAUUCUGUUCUUUGUAAGGAAGUGAUAAGGUUCGGAUACAGCUCUGUGGUUGUCUGCUGUAUCAGAAUUAUUGUGAGACAAAUUUGUUUUCUGUCUUGUUUUCUGUUCCUUUUCUCCGUAUGGAGCUGUACAUAUGAUUAUGUGCAUUGCACAAAUAAAUGGGAAACAAAAUGUAUUCAACAGAGUCUCUUUUUUAAAGAGACAUUUUAAAGCAAGCUUUGUUUGUGACGUAAGUUGAUCAAAUGUAAAAUCUGUCAAACUUCUUAUACAGUAACUGAACUUUAUGUAGAAAUAAACCAAGUGGUGUGUCAUCAUCACUCUUA